AUGGAAUCUUCACAUGAUGGCGUUUCGCCGGUGAAAGAGCGGCAUGUUUCCAAAUUGCUGUAUGGUGCAGCUCCUCUCGAUCGAGCGCCAACACCUCCGAGUGGCGUCACAACCCUUGCACAAUUGUUCCAACAUCAGGCCAGCUUACGUCCAAAUGGCACUGCCUUCUCAUGUCAGACCGAGACAGGUCUUCAGUUGAUGACAUACUCCGAAGCGGACCUCGUCGCCAGAUCCAUCGGAUCCCAGCUUACCCAGUCCUUUUUCCGCCACGAUCAAGCACCGACCAUUGCUGUCUGGCUCGAGAAAGGUUUGAAUCUGGUGAUUGCAAUACUUGCCACGACUUACUCCGGAGCGACAUGGCUUCCACUCGACCCAGACGUCCCUGUCGAUCGCGCGACGACUUGUGUUGUUGAUUCGGCUACCACAGUGAUCAUAUGUGAUGCUGCCCACGAAGCACGAGCUCGAGAAAUACAAGAUCGUGUGAGCAUCACUUCGGAUAAUCUCAUGCAACCUUUGCUGAGAGUCGAAAAUAUCGACUCUUUGUCCAGGUCAACAGCAAGCAAGGACUCAGCUGGCUCAUUGCCCAUUGCCCGACCACAUGAUGCAUGCUACCUGAUAUACACGUCAGGAACAACUGGGAUGCCGAAAGGCAUUGCGAUUCCUCAGUCUGCAGCGCUAACAUUCGUGUUGAGCGAACGUGAAGUCCUUGAGACGUGCUCGGAAGACGUGGUCUGGAAUGGAUUCAGCCCGGCCUUCGACAUGUUCGUGGAGGAGAUGUGGAUCACAAUAUGCGGUGGGGGUCAACUCGCCAUCGGAACCCGUGAGCAAUGCCGCGAUGUGCCUGGCCUACCUGCGAUCUGGGCUGAUCGUGGUGUCACGAUUGUGAACGCCGUCCCGACAUUGAUUGGGAUUAUGGGUGUCGUGCACGGAGACGCAGGUUCGUCGCUGUUGCCGCCCUCCGUACGCCUCAUCAACCUCGGCGGGGAAGCUUGCCCGCCGGCCCUGGUCAAUCGCCUUGCGAGACCUGGACUACGCAUCAUCAAUACUUAUGGUCCUACCGAGACAACAGUCACUGCAACAUGGGAUGAGCUGCAGCCAGACGUUCCGGUCACCAUCGGCCGGCCAUUGCCGUCGUAUCAUGCCGCCAUCUUGGCGAUCAACGAAGAUACACCCUCAUUUGUCCAAUUGCUAGAUCUCGCGGGAGAUGUCGAGGGAGAGCUUGCGAUCGGUGGCCCUUGUGUGGGCAUCGGUUAUGUUGGCCGUGCCGACUUGACAGCGCAAAAGUUCCUCGUUCAUCCACUCUUCCCGGGCCAAAAGCUAUACCGCACGGGCGACCGGGUACAACUCCAAGUAGAUGGGAAGAUCCUCUUCAAAGGACGAAUUGACACUCAGGUCAAGCACCGCGGCUUCCGAAUUGAGCUUGGUGAAAUUGAGACAUUGCUCUUGUCACAUCCUGACGUGCAAGCUGCUGCAGUCAUUCUCGCCAAAGCUGAUACCGAAACAGCUCGCUUGGCAGCUUUUGUGGUGAUACAUCCCGAUGCUCCGCACAAUGCGAUGUCAAUCAUGGAGCUGGCAUCACAGCGGUUGCCAGCCUACAUGCGCCCGGAGGAAGUCAUCUUUUUGAACGCCAAAGAAAUGCCGCGACUUCCCAGCGGCAAGAUCAACGCCAAGGCCCUUCAUGAUAUAUCAGACCAGAAGAUGAAAGAAACAGCAGCCCAAGCAACAGCUAACACCCGAGAAAGCUACGACGACAAAACCUCUAACCUGGUAGAAAAGGAUCCAAUAUUGAGCCUGCUCUUUUCAGCUUUGUCGCAGCUAUUUCCUCAAGUAUCCCGGAUCAGAUCCGAUUCCGAUUUCUUUGAUGACCUUGGUGGCCACUCGCUGCUUGCCGCAAUGCUAGUAUCGCGUCUUCGACAAGCGCUCUACGGAGCGUCGAAGCCUUUCGCAUCCAUCGGACUUCCCGAUGUCUAUGAAGGCCGAACCCCUGCGGGAAUAGCCGCAAGAUUCGAGGCAACGAUGUAUUGCAAGGAGGGAUCCUCACUGGAGACUGGAAUUCCACAACAAGACGGCACUGGCGCGCAGACCGGUGAAUACUUACCGGUUUCCCGUCUGAAAUUCGUCCUCUGUGGUCUUGCACAAAUUCCCGCCAUAUCAUUUCUGUUCUUCGCUCAUUCUAUUGAAUUCUUGGUGCCCUAUCUACUCUUCGACUAUUUGAUCACCGCCGCUGGCGUCGGAUGGGCAGUGCUUGCAACAUACGGAAUUUUCGUCGCCAUACCGCCCUUUCUCGCUCUGACAGCAAUUAUUGGUAAAUGGAUCUUCCUCGGCCGGGCAAAGGAAGGAGAGUAUCCUUUGUACGGGGUAUACUACUUCCGUUGGUGGUUCGCCGAGCGUCUCAUGGCUUUGGCGGAUUCGAAGCUCAUCGCGGAUUCACCGCUAUACUCUCUGUUUCUGCGAGCUAUGGGCGCUGAGGUUGGUGACUACUGCCAUAUUGGGUCUUUGAGUAUUGGAGCAGCUUGCGAUCUCGUUCACAUCGGGAAUGACGUUGUCAUUGGCGCAGACGUCAAGUUUGCUGUCAGCAUCGUCGAGCGGGGCCGUCUGGUACUGAAGCGAGUGAAGAUCUGCAACGAUACAAUCAUCGGAGCGAACAGCGUCAUUGAGGGUGGCGUUAUCAUCGGGGACGCAGCCGAAAUUGGGCCGUUGUCAAUGGUCCCAAGUGGUCUUUGCGUGCCGCAAUACCAGCGAUUUCACGGCUCUCCAGCACGCUUUGAAAGGGUGGUCCUCGACAGGGAAGCAGGCCGUGGCCGACUAACACGGCCAUCUGUGCUCCGUCAUCUGGCUAUGACCUUUUCCCACUUGAUCAUCGCGGGACUCAUGCUGCCACUCUUAUACUUCGUUCCGCAGAUCCCAGGUCUGAUGCUGUUUGAUCUGCUGCAACUUCGAGACAUCAGCGAAUGGGCUCAAGUUGCCGUAUUAUCCGUCCCGAUCGCAUUCGCAUACCAAAUCCUCGUUUUCGGUCAAUUGCUGCUCUUCCGACAUGUCUUUCUUGGCCGCCUGCGAGAGGGCACCCAAAAGAUAUACAGCACGUGGUAUCUAAGAUUUUGGUUCGUCGAACGGCUCAUGGAUCUCGCACUGACGGUCUUACAUCCGGUAUUCGCUUCCCUCUACAUUGUUCCGUUCCUGAGAGCGUUGGGGGUCAAGAUCGGUAGUCGGGCAGAGGUCUCGACCGCGCGAGGUCUCUGUUUCGAGCUACUUGAGAUCGGAGAGGAAAGCUUUGUUGCCGACGCCGUUCUUAUGGGAGCCCAGCAGCUGCGAGGCAACGAGCUCACACUUCGCAAGACCAAGCUCGAAAAUCGCGCAUUCGCUGGGAAUGCGUCUGUGUUACCUGCUGGUACUGUUCUCGCUUCGGGCACGUUAGUCGGCGUUCUGUCUAUUGCGCCCCCACCUGAACGACCUUUGGCAGAGAAUGUCUCGUGCUUCGGAUCGCCACCCGUGCUAAUGCCCGCCCGUCAUCGCGCCGAAGGCCACGCUGACAACGUUCUCUUCAACCCGUCCAUCGGUCGCAUCGCUGCUCGUCUGAUUGUGGAGGGCCUGCGGAUCGUCGUGCCUCGCGCUUUUCUGAUAUUUGGGCUUGGCUUCUCGCUCCAGAUUGCGUACGACGGAUACGCGAAAGUCGGAGCGAUCUACACGUUACUCCUCCUCCCAGCCUUCUACUUCUUUAUCUUCGCCCUUCCAUCGCUAUUUCUGACGGCGCUGCUCAAAUGGACUCUCAUCGGGCGAUUUCGUGACAGUGAAUGGCCUUUGUGGUCGCUUAACGUGUGGCUGAGUGAAGCAGUCACAAGCACAUGGGAGAUUAUCACUGAGCCUCUACUCGCAAGUCUGCUCGUCGGCACACCUUAUCUGGCGUGGUGCUUUCGUUUGAUGGGUGUCAAAAUCGGAUCAAAAGUCACCUUACUUCACAGCGACAUCACCGAAUACGAUUGCGUGUCCAUCGGUGACGAGGCAAUCAUCAAUGGAUCAUGCGGAGCUCAGACACAUCUUUUCGAGGACCGCAUCAUGAAAAUUGGUCACAUUUCGAUCGGUAAACGUGCGACCCUCAAACCGUACUCGGUCUGCCUGCCAGGUUCGACGGUGUCAGAUGGUGCGCUUCUGGGCUGUCUUUCGCUACUGAUGAAGGGCGAAGUUCUACCUGAGGGUACUGCAUGGGAAGGAGCACCGGUGCAGCCGCGCGCAUUGCGAGCGUUUCCACCGGAAAGAGCGACAUCAAUCGCUGGUUCAGGGAGUUCAGGAUCAAGGUCCUCGGCCAAGUGUUUGGCGAUGAUCGAAGGAAGUAGUGCAUCACGUUCCUUGUCCAAGGAGUGA